GCUGAUAAUAGCUGAAAGGUGACUAUAAGGAUGACUAUCGCUGUGUCGAACGUUGUUGUGGUGGGCUAUGGUCUCAUUGGACCACGUCACGCCCACGCGGUUAACAACUGUCCUUCCACGAACCUCGUGGGGAUCGUUGAGUCCUACCUCACGGAGGAGAAGAGACAGGCUGCCCUGGCGGAGUUCCCAGGCGUCAAGUUCUUCUCCUCUGUGGAGGAGUGCUUGGAGAGUGGGGUGAAGAUCGAAGGUGCCGUGGUUUGCACGCCAAACCACACACACUAUGCGAUUUCAAAGUUGUUAUUGCAGAACAACGUCAACGUUCUAGUUGAAAAGCCUAUAAGUCCAAACGUUGAAGAAGCCCGUGAGUUGAAGCGCGUUGCACUGAGACACGGAGUGAAGCUCUUGGUUGGCCAUCACAGAAGAUUUAACCCCUAUGUCAUGGCGACGAAGAGACACUUGCACAAGUGUGGACAGAUAGUUGCCGUUGAUGCGGUUUGGUGCUUGAAGAAAUGCGAGGAAUACUUUGAGCAGGCUCCUUGGAGACGCUCGAAGGAACAAGGCGGUGGUGUCUUAAACAUCAACCUGGUUCACGAUUUGGAUUUGUUACAGUACUUUUUGGGUCCGUUGAGCGAAGUGUACGCCUCGCCCGUGGAGAAGACCAGGGACCCUUCAGAAGAUUCCGUGGAGGAAGGUGCUGUCAUACUGAUGACAUUUGCCAAUGGCACUAGAGGAACCUUUAUAGUCUGUGACAACGUUGUCUCACCGGCAAAUUUCGAAAUGGGCACAGGAGAGAACCCACUUAUACCUCAGAUUGAGGAUUCCACGGAUGGUGUUUUCUACAGAUUCUUCGGAACCCAGGGGUCAUUAAGUGUGCCUGAUUUGAGACUCUUCCAUCAGAAGGAUUUGAAGCAACCUUCUUGGUGGGAAAAGAUUUGUAAGGAGCACUUGGACGAGGAUCUCAGCUCGAUCCCAUUUGCACUUCAAAUGGAACAUUUUGGUAACGUCAUCCAAGGUGAGGAGGAACCAACCUGUACUGCAGAUGACGGUGUCAUGGCAAUGAACGCUGUCAAUGCUGUGAUUGAAUCCUUGGAUACGCAAAAGCCAGUAAAAGUCCUGAAUGCUUAGAUUCAUGAGUGAAUUGGCACUAGAUGAAUAAGUUGUGACGAUAAAGAUAUGAGGUCAUGUGUAUAUACGUUUAUAUUCAAUGAAAAAAAACAGUUCAAACUAACUAUCGUGUC